AUGUUGCCUUACGGUGCGCCGGGUCCCGGUCCGAGGGACCCGAUGGGGUACGCUAGUGCUAGUGAUAUGAGUGGUGCUAGUGGCAGCAGAGGACAGGAACCGCCACCGAUGGUCAACCAAUGGUACCCGCCUCAGAGACAAGCGUACAACUUCCUGAUCGACACGCCGCCUAGGUUAGUUUUUGGUUCUUUGGUAGCCUAG